AUGGAUAUUAGUCAGAGCCCAGAUAGGUAUACUGACUCACCCAUGCCAUACUUCAGUGGACAGCUUGACUCCUCGCCUUCUGACCACUAUUCCUCCAUCGAUUUUGACGAGAUCACCACUGACUGCUUCUCAGACAGCGACACACACUCUCAACCAACUGGUCAUCCAGAGACGUUGCUAGAUGGCAAAAUUGGUGGCAAUAGAGAAGCAGUUUCACUACCAAAUUUUCAUGACAAACAGGCACGAAUUGACUCGGCCAGCGGUAGUCGUAAAAGUGAGGCAAGUAACGGGGGCAACUCAGUUUUUGGAGGAGAAAAGCAAGAGACUUCUGCUCGAGUUAAGGUAUUUGAGGCAUCCACUACGAAGCAGGCCAGGAAGAAGAAUAAGAAGAAGAACAAGAAAAAGAGGGAUAGAGGAUUUGAUGUGCACUCAAAACGGUUCACUUAUCCUGGGAAAGAUGAGGUCGGGGAUGAAAAUCCCUCGCAUCCGGGUGUCAUUGCUGAUGUUGACGCCGAUAAUAACGACGGAUUUCGGGAUAUUAGCGGUUUUGGGUCGUGGAUACAUGAUGACCUAAUGCAAUCCGAUGACGAUUUUAAUGAUGAUUAUGAUGAUUAUGAUGAUUACGAUGAUUAUGAUGAUUACGAUACCUACAGCGAUCCUGACUACGAAGAUCUUGUGGAAUUCGACGAAUUUUACCAUGGUCUUGAACUAGGAAGCAUUGCUGAUGACGGAUUGUUCGUAACUGAUCCUCUUUCUUUCCUUCAUACAUCUAAUUUGGAUGAUUUCUGUUCAGAUAACCCCAUACGAGACGAACGGUUAAUACGUGUUGACAUGCCCAAGUCGGGAGUUAUUACUUUUGGCAAGGAGUGUAAGUAA